GGCUCCGCUGGGCAUUGUGGCAGGCGGCCGUCGCCGACAAGGGCGCCCGAGCCGCGGGAAGCGGCUGGGCGCGCAAAAGCGCGCACGGAGGCUUGGACCGUGUGGCACUAGCAGCUGCUAGCGCCUCUGAGCGCAGUCACCUUUGGCCGCGCAACUUCCCAGCCAGGACGCUGGGGCAGGGGUAGCGCUUGGAGCCCCGGAAUCCGCGGAGCUCAGAGAAGGGCGCGCCGGAGCCUGGCUCAAGAGCGGGCGCCGGACACCCAUCGUGCUCCGAGCGCCGGGCGGCCCUGCGCGCAGCGUGGCUGCCGCUGCCCUCACGGAGGGCACGGGCUGGCGCUGCCGGGCGCCGGGGAAGACGGCGAGGAGGAGGCGGCGGCGACGGAGACGGCGACGGCGAGGCUGGGGCCAGGGAGAGAGCCCCGGGGGAGAAGCGCCCGAGCCGGGCCGCGGGAGCAUGUGGGCCCAGAGCGGAGCGCGGGGCGCGCUACUGCUGGCACUGCUGCUCUGCUGGAACCCGAGGCUGAGCCUAGCAGGCCCUGACCCAGGCGGCGAGGUGCUCCCGGACCCCUUCCCGUCGGCGCCGGCCGAGCCGCUGCCCCACUUCCCCCAGGAGCCGCAGGACGCCUACAUCGUGAAGAACAAGCCGGUGGAGCUGCGCUGCCGCGCCGCGCCUGCCACGCAGAUCUACUUCAAGUGCAACGGCGAGUGGGUCAGCCAGAGCGACCACGUCACGCACGAGGGCCUGGACGCGGCCACCGGCCUGCGGGUGCGAGAGGUGCAGAUCGAGGUGUCUCGGCAGCAGGUGGAGGAGCUGUUCGGGCUGGAGGAUUACUGGUGCCAGUGUGUGGCCUGGAGCUCCGCGGGCACCACCAAGAGCCGCCGGGCCUACGUCCGCAUCGCCUACCUGCGCAAGAACUUCGAUCAGGAGCCUCUGGGCAAGGAGGUCCCCCUGGACCAUGAAGUCCUCCUGCAGUGCCGCCCGCCAGAAGGGGUGCCUGUGGCUGAGGUGGAGUGGCUCAAGAAUGAGGACGUCAUCGAUCCCACCCAGGACACCAACUUCCUGCUCACCAUCGACCACAACCUCAUCAUCCGCCAGGCCCGCCUGUCAGACACAGCCAACUACACCUGCGUGGCCAAGAACAUCGUGGCCAAGCGCCGGAGCACCACCGCCACGGUCAUCGUCUAUGUGAACGGCGGCUGGUCCAGCUGGGCAGAGUGGUCACCGUGUUCCAACCGCUGUGGCCGCGGCUGGCAGAAGCGCACCCGGACCUGCACCAACCCUGCCCCGCUCAAUGGAGGAGCCUUCUGCGAGGGCCAGGCCUUCCAGAAGACUGCCUGCACCACCGUGUGCCCAGUAGACGGAGCGUGGACCGAGUGGAGCAAGUGGUCGGCCUGCAGCACCGAGUGUGCCCACUGGCGCAGCCGUGAGUGCAUGGCGCCCCCACCCCAGAACGGGGGCCGUGACUGCAGCGGGACGCUGCUCGACUCCAAGAACUGCACAGAUGGGCUGUGCAUGCAGAAUAAGAAAACUCUAAGCGACCCCAAAAGCCACCUCCUGGAGGCCUCAGGGGACGUGGCACUGUAUGCGGGCCUCGUCGUGUCCAUCUUCGUGGUCGUAGUGGUCCUCAUGGUGGUGGGGGUGGUGGUGUACCGCCGCAGCUGCCGUGACGUCGACUCUGACAUCACCGACUCGUCCGCUGCCCUCACUGGUGGCUUCCACCCGGUCAACUUCAAGACUGCAAGGCCAAACAACCCACAGCUCCUGCACCCACCUGUGCCUCCGGACCUGACCGCCAGUGCCGGUGUCUACCGCGGGCCCAUGUAUGCCCUGCAAGACUCGGCCGACAAGAUUCCCAUGACCAACUCGCCCCUGCUGGACCCCCUGCCCAGCCUCAAGAUCAAGGUCUACAGCUCCGGCACCACAGGCUCCGGGUCGAGACUGCCUGAUGGGGCUGACCUGCUGGAGGUCCUGCCGCCUGGCACAUACCCUGGUGAUUUCGCCCGUGACGCCCACUUCCUGCACCUGCGCAGUGCCAGCCUUGGCUCCCAGCAGCUCCUGGGCCUGCCCCGAGACCCGGGGAGCAGUGUCAGUGGCACGUUUGGCUGCCUGGGCGGGAGGCUCAGCAUCCCCGGCACAGGGGUCAGCCUGCUGGUACCCAGUGGAGCCAUUCCCCAGGGCAAGUUCUACGAGAUGUACCUCCUCAUCAACAAGGCAGAAAACACCCUCCCACUGUCGGAAGGGACCCAGACAGUAUUGAGCCCCUCGGUGACCUGCGGGCCCACGGGCCUCCUGCUGUGCCACCCCGUCAUCCUCACCGUGCCCCACUGCGCCGAGGUCAGUGCCGGUGACUGGAUCUUCCAGCUCAAGACCCAGGCCCACCAGGGCCACUGGGAGGAGGUGGUGACCCUGGACGAGGAGACGCUGAACACCCCCUGCUACUGCCAGCUGGAAGCCAGGUCCUGCCACAUCCUGUUGGACCAGCUGGGCACCUAUGUGUUCGUGGGCGAGUCCUAUUCCCACUCGGCGGUCAAGCGGCUCCAGCUGGCCAUCUUCGCCCCUGCCCUCUGCACCUCUCUGGAGUACAGCCUCAGGGUCUACUGCCUGGAGGACACACCUGUGGCACUAAAGGAGGUGCUAGAGAUGGAGCGGACCCUGGGUGGCUACCUGGUGGAGGAGCCGAAACCCCUGCUGUUUAAGGACAGUUACCACAACCUACGCCUCUCCCUGCAUGACAUCCCCCAUGCCCACUGGAGGAGCAAGCUGCUGGCUAAGUACCAGGAGAUCCCCUUCUGUCACAUCUGGAGCGGCAGCCAGAAGGGCCUGCACUGCACCUUCACGCUGGAGAGGCACAGCCUGGCCUCCACCGAGCUCACCUGCAAGAUCUGUGUGCGACAGGUGGAGGGGGAGGGCCAGAUAGUCCAGCUGCACACCGUGCUGGCAGAGACGGCUGCCGGCUCCCUGGACGCCCUCUGCUCAGCCCCCAGCAGUGCUGUCACCACCCAGUUGGGGCCCUACGCCUUCAAGAUCCCACUGUCCAUCCGCCAGAAGAUCUGCAACAGCCUCGACGCCCCCAACUCGCGGGGCAACGACUGGCGGCUGUUGGCGCAGAAGCUUUCCAUGGACCGGUACCUGAACUACUUUGCCACCAAAGCGAGCCCCACGGGGGUGAUCCUGGACCUCUGGGAAGCUCUGCAGCAGGAUGACGGGGACCUCAACAGCCUGGCGAGUGCCUUGGAGGAGAUGGGCAAGAGUGAGAUGCUGGUGGCCGUGGCCACAGAAGGGGACUGCUGAGCCGCCCUGAACCGCGGGCUGCUGGGGACCGGCAGGAGGCCUGGGGCAGCCUCCUGAUGCGGACAGUCGGCCCCUGCCGCCCAGGAGCUCACAGCCAGAGCUGCCCUCUCCUCCUCCUCCUCCCCCUGCCCCAGGCCCCAGACCACGACCAGCCUUAGAUAAAUCCAUGAACUCGGUGUUGCAGGGACCGAGGGGUCCUCCUCCACCCCCUGCCUCUCUCUCCUGGGUGGGCCCUCUGUGCAGGGACGGGGACAGGGGACAGUUAGGGAGCACAGGAGGUGGCCCUGCCUCCACUCCACACCCCCACCCUCAGCCCCGGGACUUCUGGGUCACGUUUUGUUCCUCAUUUUCUCCCUCAGUUACUGAUUCCUCCUUGCUCCCUUAAGCCCCUUCUCCUUUCACGCCACUUGACUCUUUGAAGAGUCAAGGACAAUUCAGACAAACUGCUUUCUCCUGUCCAAAAGAAAAAAAGAAAAGGAAAAGGAAAAAAAGAAAAAAAGAAAGCUUCAGACCGCUAGUAAGGCUCAGAGAAGAAGAAAAACACCGAAACCACAAGGGAAAAGAAAAAACCCAGUUUCUUAGGAAACGCAAAUGCUUUAUUAUCCAGAUAUUUGGAUAUGUCCUUUUUAAGAAAAAAAAAAGAAAAUGAAAAACACACGCACAAAAAUAGAAAACUCUUUUCUUGAGUAGCUGA